ACACACCUUCGCUCUGCCCACCCAUCAUCGUCACUUCCCGAUGCGAUUGUUCCCAGCUCCUCUCUUUCCUUCUUCUCGUCGAUUCACGACGACGUCGUUUAUGGCUUCUCUAAGAGUCGCUAUCAUCGGGCAAUCGAACUUCGGAUCCGAAGUCUAUCGUUUACUUCGAAAAAACGGACACAACGUCGUAGGAGUGUUCACUGUGCCAGACAUCAAUGGAAAACCCGAUCCACUGGCUGUCGAGGCAGAGCGAGACGGUGUACCACUCUUCAAGUUCAAGUUCUGGCGUCGUAAGAGCGGAGAAACGAUCGACACCGUUUUCAGCAAGUACAAGGAGGUCGGAGCAGAGCUCAACGUCUUACCGUUUUGCAGUCAGUUUAUUCCAAUGGACAUCAUCGACAGUCCUCGUCACGGCUCGAUCAUCUACCAUCCCUCUCUGUUGCCAAGACACCGAGGCGCAUCGGCUAUUAACUGGACGCUAAUGGAGGGUGAUGUAAAGGCGGGCUUCACUAUCUUCUGGGCAGAUGAUGGUCUGGACACAGGGCCUAUCCUACUGCAGAGAGAAUGCGAUGUGGAAAUUAAUGAUACCGUUGACAGCUUGUAUACUAGGUUUUUGUUUCCGCAUGGAAUCGAAGCGAUGGGCGAGGCUGUUGAUUUGAUUGCUCGAGGAGAAGCACACAGGGUCGAUCAGUCGACUGUCGGUGCAACGUACGACAAAUUGUGGAGAGACAAAAAAUUGACAAAGAUUGACUGGAAUCGGUCAGCAUUACAGAUUCAUAAUUUUAUUAGAGGAAAUGAUAAGCUGCCGGGUGCUUGGACCCUGAUUGAAGGAGAGCAAGUGACUUUGUAUGGAUCAACUUUUCAAGAGGACCAUGCUGACGUUCCUGGUAUGAAGGUGUCUGCAGAUGGCCUCUCCAGACCCGCUGUGGUUCAUUCUGAUGGAAUGACGUUUUUUGGAAAUGAUGGAAUGAAAGUGACAGUAAAGACUCUUCAGUUUGAAGAUGGUCGAAUGAUCCAUGCAUCUAAAUAUGGUCAGUCAGAAGAAAAGAUUGACGUUAUAUUGACACAAGAGGAAAAAGCCAUAGAAGCUACGAUCAAAGCUAUUUGGUGCAGUAUUCUCAACACGGACAGUGUGGACGAUGACACAGACUUCUUCAAGUCGGGUGGUCAAUCUAUGGACGUUGUCAGAUUGGUGGAGGAGCUGAAAGACAAAUGUCACAUACGUUUAGACCCUGAAGCGGUUCGCAUGGCUUCAAGAUUAGAAGAUUUUGUGAAGUCGACUGUGUUAGCUGCACGAGGAGGUGACGAUGUUGCAUAUGAAUGCUCCACGAUAAAGAUGCAUGUGAAUGGGCUUGACAUUACAAUGCCACACCAGCUCUUUAUCAAUGGUGAAUUUGUUGAUUCUCUUGACAGCAAGACAUUUGAGACCAUCAAUCCAACGACAGAAGAGGUUCUAGCCGAAGUCUCUUGUGGUGGAGAAAAAGACGUGAAUCGGGCUGUAAUGGCAGCAAAAGGGGCUUUCGAGUCGGGAAACUGGAGUAGAAUGAAUGCGCGUGAUCGUGGUCGUCUUAUGUUCAAACUGGCUGAUUUGAUGGAAGAACACACAGAAGAAUUGGCAACUAUUGAGUCUCUUGACUCGGGGGCUGUCUAUACGUUAGCCUUGAAGACUCACGUUGGAUUCUCAAUUGAGACAUUCCGUUACUUUGCUGGUUGGUGUGACAAAAUCCAGGGGAGUACUAUACCCAUCAAUCAUGCAAGACCGAAUAGAAAUCUGUGUUUUACGAAACGAGAGCCUUUAGGAGUGUGUGGUUUAGUUGUUCCUUGGAAUUAUCCUCUCAUGAUGUUGGCGUGGAAAAUGGCUGCUUGUCUAGCUGCAGGCAAUACUCUUGUUCUCAAACCAGCUAAGGUAACUCCUAUGACAGCUCUCAAGUUUGCGGAGUUGGCAGUUCGUGCUGGUUUCCCAAAGGGUGUCAUUAACAUCAUUCCGGGUGCUGGUGCUGAAGUUGGCCAGGCACUGUCAGACCAUCCUGACAUUCGUAAACUUGGCUUCACUGGAUCAACACCAGUUGGAAAGACAAUCAUGAAAAGUGCUGCUCUUAGUAAUGUGAAGAAGGUGUCUUUGGAAUUAGGAGGCAAGUCGCCACUCAUUAUUUUUAGUGACUGUGAUCUAGACAAAGCUGUGAGACAGGGAGUACUGGCUUGUCUGUUCAAUAAGGGAGAAAAUUGUAUUGCAGCUGGUCGACUGUUUGUGGAAAGAUCAAUUCAUGACGAAUUUGUUGCAAGAUCGGUUGAGGAGAUUAAGAAAUUGAAGAUUGGUGAUCCUCUGGAUAGAUCUACUGCACAUGGACCACAAAAUCACAAGGCUCAUCUUGAUAAACUACUUCAAUACAUUGAUACUGGCGUUAAGGACGGAGCAAAAUUAAUGUAUGGAGGAAAACGGGUGGCCAGAAAAGGUUUUUUUCUGGAACCUGCUGUCUUUACUGAAGUUACUGAUGAGAUGAUGAUUGCGAAGGAAGAGUCGUUUGGACCCGUCAUGAUCAUUUCUGUUUUUGACGACGGCGAUAUCGAGGGUGUACUGAAACAAGCGAAUGCUACCGAGUAUGGUCUGGCAUCUGGCGUGUUUACCAACGACAUCAGUAAGGCUCUUCGUGUGGCCGACGGUCUCGAUGCUGGCACAUGUUUCAUCAACACUUACAACAAGACUGAUGUGGCAGCACCGUUUGGUGGGUUCAAGCACUCUGGUUUUGGUAAAGAUCUUGGUGAAGAGUCAUUGAACGAGUAUCUGAAAACUAAGACUAUUACUGUUGAAUAUUAACUAUUGAAUGGUAUAGUUUCAUUAUUUGAGCAGCUGAAGCAGCAGGGUCAGUGACUGUAUGUGUGGUGACUAUUGAAUGGGUUGAAGUGGCACUAAAUGUGUUGUUGAACUGUUUUGCAAUGAUAUCUUUUGCCUGUAUUGCUGGCAGACAUAUUCAGUAUGUGAAUUCAUUUUUGUACUCUAUUGUCUAAGAAGGCGUUAAGUUUGGUCAAGAAACGAUGAAUUUUGUCUAGCAAUACUAUUCAGGUCCAAACAGAUCUUCAAC